GAAUAUAUAUGUAUUAAAUUUAUCCAAACCUAUUUCUAGAUGCAAUUUAUAUAAAAUUUAUUGUUUAACAAUAAUUUGUAUGAUAUUUUAUGGACAAAAUUGUCAUUUCGAAUCCUCCUUAGCCAAAUAUAUAUCCUUUACUAAUUAGUUAAUCAUAUUCAAUAACAACAAUCAAACAAAAUCAUGGUAAAAAAAUUAUUAUUAAAAAAAAUAAUUUUUUAUUAAAAAAAAAACGGACUAGUGGUAUGGGGGAAAAGAAAAGUCAUUAGAAUCUGGACUUGAGCUACUCCACAUAUAAUCUGGUGGGGCCCAAACUCAUCUGUCAAUGUCUUAUUACAAGAACACAAAAAAUACUACAAAGAUUCCACUUUCUGCUUUUCCUUCCUAAAUCAAUGCAACUAGAACUAAAGUUCUUGCAACAAUUCAACAGAGUAUUGACACCAAUAACUACAAAUAUUUCAACACUAAAAUAAAAAUAAAAAUAUAUUUAAUAGCCAUUAAACUCCAACACAUUUCACUUUCAAAUUAUCCUUCAUCUCUUAUUAUUAUUAAUUAUCCAUCUCUUCACACCAACUUUCUCUAUCAUUCCCCAUCUCUUCUUUUUCUGGUUCACCAAAACAAACAUCUCAAGUAGUUGUUUACCCUCUCUCUUUCUUCCUCAUCAAAUAGGGGCUUUCUCUCACUAUGCAUUUCUAUGUGCUUUAAUCUUCUUGAAAAAAAAAAACAAAAAAAAAUGAACUCGAAAAAUAUGCAUAUUUGCACUUUAUUUCCUCUGUUUUUCCUCGUCUUGGUUUCGCCUGCAUUCGGGCUCAACUUUGACGGGAGUCUUCUUCUCUCUUUCAAAUACUCAAUCAUCGACGACCCUUUGUCGGUUCUCGACAACUGGAAUUACAACGACGCCACUCCGUGUUUAUGGACGGGUGUGACGUGUGCCGAGGUUCAAAACUCCAUCGGCGUACCUGAUAUGUUCAGAGUCGUCGGCCUAACUCUCCCGAAUUUCCAACUCCUUGGUGUCAUACCAGCUUACUUAGGUUUCAUCCCGCAUCUGAAAAAACUCGAUCUCUCGAGCAAUUUCUUGAACGGGACUUUGCCUAUUUCACUCUUCAACGCCUCGGAACUCGAGGUGCUUUCUCUGUCGAACAAUGCGAUCUCCGGUACGAUUCCGGAGUUUAUUACGGCCUCGAAAAGCAACCUCAAACUUCUCAAUCUAUCAGAUAAUGCAUUCACGGGGACUAUCCCUAGUGGGAUAACUUCUCUGCAGAAUCUCAGUGUGGUUUCGUUGAGGAGUAACUAUCUUACGGGCUUCGUUCCUAGUGGGAUUCGAUCUUUCGAAAUCUUGGACUUGUCUUCGAAUCUGUUGAGCGGGUCUUUGCCUGUCGAAUUCGGUGGGGUUAAUUUGAAGUACUUGAAUCUUUCUUCGAAUAAGAUAUCUGGUUUGGUGCCUCAAGAAUUUGCCAAGAAAAUUCCUGCAGAUGCUGUUGUUGAUCUUUCGUUCAACGAUCUUUCGGGUGAGAUUCCAGAGGUAGUGCCCUUGACCAAUCAGAAAACGGAGUUUUACGCAGGAAACGAAGGCUUGUGCGGUAAACCGAUGAAGAAACUCUGCACGAUUCCUUCAACACUUUCGACACCACCAAAUGGCAUUUCCACAAACACUUCAUCUACGUCUUCGCCGGCGAUUGCAGCUAUACCUAAGACAAUGGAUUCCUCUACGGUUCCGGAUUCUUCCGGAACAACAGCGGCCGGAGCUGGAAUUCCGCCGGCGAAAGGGCUGAAACCGGCGGCGAUAGCGGGAAUCGCGGUGGUGCCUUUGGCCGGAGUUGGAGUACUUGCUGCCAUUUUUCUGUUCAUCCACCAAAAGAAGAAGAGGAAAUUGAAUGAAACUGAAACCAAACAAGGCGCAAGCUCAAUUACAACAAUCAAGGCGUACGAAUUCGAGAAAGAUUCCGACCAAUCAACGGUGAAGGAGACGAGAAAUCUGCCGACGUGGACUUGCCUGAGAAUAACGAACGGCGAGGAAACGUCGGAGGAAGCAACAACGGAAUCAGAAAGCGAGGAUCAGAGCAGCACAAACUACGCCGCCGAAGAAGAAUCAAGUAAUCGAGAAAUUAGGUCACUCGUGAUGGUUGACGGCGAAACCGAUCUGGAAAUGGACACGCUGUUCAAGGCUUCCGCUUACGUUCUCGGAUCGAGCGGCGCCGGCGUCGUCUACAAGGCAGUGCUUCAGGACGGGACGGCGUUCGCCGUGAGGAGAAUCGGAGAGAGCGGCGGCGGCGCUCGGAGAUUGAAGAAAUUCGAACAACAAGUUAGGGCGAUUGCUAAAAUGCGCCACCAGAAUCUAGUCCGUGUCAGGGGUUUCUAUUGGGGAGAUGACGAGAAGCUUGUCAUCUGUGAUUACGUCAGCAAUGGCAGCUUGGCCAAUAUUGGUUACAGGAAAAUCGGGUCAUCACCGUACCACUUGCCGUUCGAAACGCGGCUCAAGAUAGCAAAAGGCGUAGCCAAGGGGCUAACCUACAUCCACAGCAAAAACAACGUCCACGGCAACAUCAAACCCAGCAACAUUCUCCUAACCCCCGAUAUGGAUCCCAUAAUAAGCGAUUUCGGGCUGCACCGCCUCAUCCACGGCAAGUACACCCGCAAAUCCGACGGCCCGGCCCGGCAUUACGGCAGCAUGAGAUCAACCGACCAGCCGGUUCACGGCAGCCCGAAUAUGGGCCGGGCCGGGUUCGUGGGCUGCACAUCUCCGUAUCACGCGCCGGAGUCGCUCAAGACCCUCAAGCCUAACCCCAAGUGGGACGUCUAUUCUUUCGGAAUCGUGCUGCUGGAGCUGCUGACCGGGAAGGUCUUCUCCGACCGGGAGUUGGGCCAGUGGACCGCCGGUUCGGUUGCGGAGGAUCCGGCCCGGGUUCUGAGGAUGGCUGAUGUGGCGAUAAGGGGUGACGUGGCGGGCAGGGAGGAGGCUGUGUUGGCAUGGUUUAAGCUAGGGUUUAGCUGUGCCUCGUUGGCCCCACAGAAGAGACCCUGCAUGAAAGAUGCGGUUCAUGUGUUGGAAAAGAUUCCAUGUUGUUCGAAUUAAUUAAUGAUUGUUUUUAUUUUAUUUUUUAAGAAUAAUUAAUGAUUGUUGUUUGGGAGGAAAAGAAAAAGGGCAUAAAAAAGGAGUCUCCUCCUUUUUUGACUUUGGAGUGUGAGAGUGGUGAAUUAAUCUUUUGUUCAUAAUUAAUUAAUUAAGGUGAUUGAUUAGAUUUGUUAAUUAAUUUAGGGUUAUUGAGAUGGUGAGUGUCAUUAAAUAUUUGCUUUGUUGUUAAGAAAGUAAACAUGAUUAUUAAAGUUUAUUGCAUUUUCUUUGUGA